CUCUGCGAGCAGCCGAGGCAGUUAUCCUCCUUUCUCCUCUUUCGGCCGUUUUCUUCAGUUUCACUAGAUGGCGUCGAUUUCCGCCGUCUGCUCUCUCCUUCCAUUGCCGACGCUCGCCGGAGCUUCUUCCUCCUCCAGAUGGCGGAGGACGGUGGCUGCUCGAUUGGCUGAUCAAUCAGAUGAAUUCUCUCUUCAUUAUUGUGGUGGGAGUUGCGAACCUGUUUUUUGCGCUGGAGAUUUCGAUCGAAGAAAACUCUUGGUUUCUUCUGUCAGUAUGUUGGUGGGUGCCUUGGUAAAUGCUGCUCAAGGAGGAUCAGCUGCAGCUGCUGAAUUCGCUGACAUGCCAGCUCUUAGAGGGAAAGAUUACGGCAAAACAAAAAUGAAGUAUCCGGAUUAUACGGAGACGAUAUCAGGUCUUCAGUAUAAGGAUUUGCGAGUAGGAGCAGGGCCUAAACCAAAGAAAGGAGAGACAGUUGUGGUGGAUUGGGAUGGUUACACAAUAGGUUACUAUGGCCGCAUAUUUGAAGCUCGCAACAAAACAAAAGGGGGUUCUUUUGUGGGUGAUGAGAAAGAAUUUUUCAAAUUUACCUUAGGAUCUCAUGAGGUAAUACCCGCAUUUGAGGAAGCUGUCUCCGGGAUGGCACUAGGCGGUAUCAGAAGGAUCAUUGUACCUCCAGAACUAGGAUACCCGGAAAACGACUUCAACAACAGCGGUCCAAAGCCGACAACUUUCUCGGGUCAAAGAGCACUAGAUUUUGUGCUGAAGAACCAGGGGCUCAUCGACAAGACUCUUCUCUUUGAUGUGGAACUCCUCAAAGUCAUACCAAACUGAACUGAUCAACCAGAAUGAUGCCAAAAUCACAUGGACAUGUAAAUAUUUUAAUCUUUAAGCUUAUUAAGAUAUUCUCAAAGCCUCCUUUAUGCAUUGGUAAAAAACGUCCAUAAGAUAAGAUCACAUGAUCGAUUUUUGAGCUCCU